UAAACCCGUCAUUCUAGUCUAGGGCAUGAAGCGCGGUCGGGGCGCGGUGGAAGGCGGGGCGAUCUUCGUUUCCUGGUAGGGAUUUCCUCGCAUCUAUGCUCGCCGCCAUUGUCUCGUCGGCGCUCCGGGAUUCCCCCAGCUUGAGACGUCUCUCGAUCCGGCCCGCUACAUGGCCUGCUGGGGCGCGGGCGCCGGCAUGGGGCUCGAUGCUCGCUCGGUCGUUCGAUGGCACCAGGCACACAUUUUGCUCCGGCAGCGGUGCCGGCAAGGGCGGUAGCGACGGUAGCAGUAAGAAUGGGAGCAAUAGUAGUAGCAAAGAGUCCAGCGAAGCUGACAGCGCUAGUAGCAUUGAAGAAGCUGCUAUCCCCGACAAAGUCGUGUCUUCUAAGUCAAGUGAGGGAUCAUCCGGAGGAAAAGGAGAAGGUGGUAGCAAGACUGAAGGCAAAGGGGAAAAAGAAGGUGGCGGCGGCGGUGGUGGUGGUGGUCGGAGGAAACCGAGCUUAUUCCAGAGGAUUUUGAAAGGGUCUGGAGGUGAUAAGUCGAACAAAGCCAGCGCGGAAGCCACAGAAGCUACGGUCGUCAAGGAAGCCAAGGAGGCAAAAGAAGGGAAGGAUGGGAAAGACGGAAAAGAUUUGAAGGAAAAAGAAGAUCAGGAAGGUGCUGAAGAGUCCGCACAGUCGGGGGCUAUUGUUCCUGCUGGGCCGAGACCCGAGAACUUUCCCAAGGUUUUAGCAUUACCACUGACGAGAAGGCCUUUGUUCCCUGGAUUCUAUGCUCCCAUUCACAUCAAGGAUCCCAAGCUUGCGGACUCAUUGGUAGAGCUUCGAGCAAGAGGAACGCCGUAUGUUGGAGCAUUUCUUCUCAAGGAUGCGAAGGAGAGCGUUGUGGUUGAAAGUGAAAAUGCCCGCGAGACGAGUGGAGCAGCUGGCGAGAAAAGUGAAGAGAAGACUGGGGAGAAGAGUGGCGAGGAGGUCAAGGAUUCGGAUUUGAAGGGAGAAGCUCUAUACAAAAGAUUGCAUGAAUAUGGAACGUUUGCACAGGUGCUCAACGUCAUAAGAAGCGUCAAUUCGGAUGGUCCUGCUCAAGUUUUUCUCAUGGGCCAUCGCCGCUUACGACUCACUGGAAUGCUAUCCGAUGAUCCUUUGACAGUUUCGGUUGAGCAUCUCAAGGAUAAAUCUUAUGACGAGACAUCAGAUGUUAUAAAAGCAACUUUUAUGGAGGUUGUCGCCUCUUUGCGUGAUCUAAUGCGAUACAAUCCUUUGUACAAAGAAACUAUUCAAGUCUUCGUGCAGAAUAUGGGAAAUUCGCAUAUCAAUGCUGCCCGACUGGCUGACUUUGGCUCUGCGCUCACUACAGCUGAUGAACCUCUGCUACAGGAAGUGUUGGAGCAACUAGAUGUGGAGAAGCGACUCAAUUUAGCUCUUGUACUUUUAAAGAAAGAGCUUGAGCUUGCAAAGCUACAGGCGACUAUUGCGAAAAACGUGGAGGAAAAAAUAAGCGGUGAUCAACGCCGGUUUUUCUUAAUGGAGCAACUGAAAGCUAUUAAGAAGGAGCUGGGAAUUGAAGCAGAUGAUAAAACAGCGCUUACUGUAAAGUUUAAAGAGAGAUUGGAGCCACAUAGAAAGCAGUGUCCGGAGCACGUUUUGCAAGUCAUCGACGAGGAACUCUCUAAAUUGCAAGGCCUUGAGUCCAGUUCGAGCGAGUUCAAUGUUACAAGAAACUAUCUGGACUGGUUGACAGCACUACCGUGGGGACAAUACAGCAAGGAAAACUUUGAUGUACGGCAGGCUCAAACUGUUCUGGACGAGGAUCAUUAUGGCUUGUCCGAUGUAAAAGAAAGGAUACUUGAGUUUAUCGCUGUUGGCAAGCUGAAGGGCACCGCUGUUGGAAAGAUAAUAUGCCUUUCAGGACCCCCUGGAGUAGGGAAAACAAGCAUAGGGAAAUCAAUUGCUAAGGCGCUCAAUCGAAAAUUCUUUCGCUUCUCAGUUGGUGGCCUUAGUGAUGUUGCUGAGAUUAAGGGGCAUCGCAGAACUUACGUUGGAGCCAUGCCUGGUAAAAUGGUUCAGUGCCUGAAGUCGACAGGAACUGCUAACCCUUUGGUGCUGAUCGAUGAGAUUGAUAAGCUUGGUCGGGGUCAUGCAGGAGAUCCAGCUAGUGCAUUAUUGGAACUUCUAGAUCCGGAGCAGAAUGCUAAUUUUCUUGACCAUUACCUUGACGUGCCCAUAGAUUUGUCAAAAGUUUUGUUCGUUUGCACUGCAAAUUUGGUUGAGAACAUUCCUGCACCUCUACUUGAUCGCAUGGAAGUUAUACGGUUGGUCGGUUAUAUUACUGAUGAGAAAAUGCACAUUGCCCGUGACUAUCUCGAACGCCAAGCUCGAGAAAAUUGUGGGAUAAAAAAAGAACAGGUUGAGCUUAGUGACAGUGCUAUGCACAGUCUUAUAGAAACUUAUUGUCGCGAGGCUGGCGUUAGAAAUCUGCAGAAGCAUAUUGAUAAGAUUUAUCGCAAGAUAGCGCUGAAACUAGUCCGACGUGAGCUUGAUACUCCCAAGGAGGAGGAAAUGAAACAGAAUAACCUGGUUACGGUUGCCGAAACGAAAAGCAAUGCCGAGAAUGACGGUGCCAUCAAACUUGUGGAAGACGACUCCAAUAGCAUAGAGGAAGCAGAACUCAAAGAAACGCCGGUUCUGAAUGAAAAGCUGGAGAUACUUGCGGACGAGCUUUUGCCCGAUGCAACAUCUGAGAAGGAGGAUAUGGCCAUUAAGCUAACCGACUCAGCCGUCCAGGAGGGUGAAACGCUUGAGGCCGAGACCAUGCUACCGUCAGAGAAAGAAAAGGUGGAUAUUGCUCAGAAGUUGCCGUUGGAGAAACCGCCGUGUUCAGAGCCGGAAGAAAAAUUGACGGGCGUGAAGGCUUCUACUACAUCGGAAACAGACAACAAGGUACCGGAUGAGUCUGCGUCAUCAGAAACCAAAGAAAAGGAGGAGGCAGAGAAAAAGGUGGCAGAAGAGCAGAUCAAAAUCAACGACACCAAUCUUCACGAGUUCGUGGGAAGUCCCGUGUUCGUAAGCGACCGCUUCUACGACAAGACACCGAUUGGAGUCGUCAUGGGUCUGGCCUGGACAGCAAUGGGAGGCUCCACGCUCUAUGUGGAGACGAGUGUGAUUGAGGAGGGUGAAGGUAAAGGCGGGCUCCAACUCACUGGUCAGCUUGGGGAUGUGAUGAAGGAGAGCGCCUCAAUAGCACACACAUUUGCGCGGAAGUACCUGCGAGAGAUUGAUCCGCAAAACCAGUUUUUUACAAACAGCAAACUACAUCUCCACGUACCGGCCGGUGCUACGCCAAAAGACGGGCCAAGCGCCGGGUGCACUAUGAUCACCUCGAUGCUGUCGCUGGCUCUCAGCAAGCCUGUCAACGACGAUGUAGCAAUGACUGGGGAAGUGACACUGACUGGCCGAGUUCUUGCCAUUGGCGGGGUAAAAGAGAAAACUGUGGCAUCCAGGAGGAGCGCUGUGAAGACGAUCAUUUUUCCCAAGGCCAACAAGCGGGACUACGACGAGCUCUUGCCGCACGUAAAAGAAGGCCUCGACGUCCAUUUCGUGGACAAGUAUGAGGAGAUAUUCCAGAUUGCCUUUGUGGCGAGCGGCAUCAAGAGCCAGGUUGAUAUGUUCUCGGCCUCGCUCAAAAAGGAGGCGGCCUCUGAGGUGUAGCGAGAAAGAAGAAUCCGGUUUCUUUCCAUUUUGUCACCCAAGAGCUGAGGUUGCAGGCACACAACACAGCAUAUUCGCAUUUUGUACUCGCUGCACAGCUUAUGUUAUCAAGUCGGAGCUAUUUGACAA